UAAAAAAAAAAGAAAGCCGACGCCAGAAUCUUUCCUUGUUGUCAAUUUUGUUUGUCUCGAAAAUUUUGUGGUUUUCAUCCGAAUUCAUCCAUUGAAAGUUGCAUCUAAUUCGUGUUUUUGGCGAUAAUUUAUAAUAACAAGCUGUUAUCAUGUCGAUUGGCGUGCCUAUUAAAGUACUUCAUGAAGCAGAGGGUCAUGUAGUGACCUGUGAAACGAACACCGGCGAAGUUUAUCGCGGGAAGCUUAUUGAAGCCGAGGAUAACAUGAAUUGCCAGAUGACUCUGGUGACUGUGACCUACCGUGAUGGUAGAGUCGCUCAGCUGGAGAAUGUUUACAUUAGAGGCUCUAAAAUCCGUUUCCUCAUAUUACCUGACAUGUUGAAGAAUGCUCCUAUGUUCAAACGACAAGGCAAUAAACCGACCGCAGGUCGCGGUAAAAGCGCUAUUUUAAGAGCUCAGGCGGCGGGUCGCGGGCGGCCGGGUGGGCGCGGCGGCGGCGGGCAUCGCGGUGGUUGGCAAGGAGGCUCCGGGCCCUCACGACGCUAGUCUCCACACAGACCAAACACUUUAGUCUAAGCUUCUUUAUAUUUGAUAGUUUCUAAGAUUGUGUAUAUAAUUCUGAGUGCUGUGUGUUGGUACAGUGGGGAAUUUCACUUGUAUUUUGUAGUUUUUCAGUCCUGAAAAUGAAGUAACACUUUUUGUGUAGCAGAGCAUUACAGCACAACUGGUAUAUUCUUUACUGGGCAUUGCACCAUUGCAAAGUGAAUCCUUCUGUACUACAAACAUAUUUGAGCACAGUCUUAAAAAAAAUAUAGCUGUCACUAAUACACACAUAGCUGAAAGCUAGAGGUCUAAGAAGAGCUAAGAUUUUAAUCUCAAUUAGAUCAAUGAAGUGUGCCUGACUGUAACAUUUGCAGAUCAAUAUUAAAUAAAUAAAGGUGGUACUGUCCCAGGCCCAACCAGUUAUUUUUAUUUAGAACUAUAUUGCAUUAGGAAAAUCUAGUAGGCUUGCCUACUAUCCAUUUUAUUUUUGACAGGUAUCUGUUUAUUCUGUGAGCUAAUUUUAUAAGUUAAGUGUUUGUUUUUGAGGUUACAAGUGUAGUUGGUAUUGUAUGUUGUGUAUAAGAACUCCCAAGCCAACCAAUAUGUCAAUAUACUUGUAAUACAUAUAAAUAAAUCAUACAUAAAUUAAGACACUAAAAUGUGUAUACGUAUGUGCAGAGUGGAAAUGGAAUUUUAAGCAUUGUGAUAAUGAUUUGAUGGUGGAAUAAAGGAUAUGACCAGUGACGAAA